CUGACCGUUACAACAUCACGGAUGGUAACCGAAGCGGCAAUCGAGUCGCUGUGCGACUCGAUAAACCGUUCUUGUAACUGUAUUCUACAACUGCUUUCUUAUCUUCUAUAUAUUGCUGUAUGCUUGUUUCUUUAAUCAAUCACUUGUUCUCACAUACUAGUACAAGGGUUCAACUGCCUCAACUUCCGCUGCACUACUCCAAGUCUCAAGUCUCUACAGCUGGGACUUAGUCUCUGCAAAAGAUCCUAAGGGCUUUUCUCAGCCCAACAAUAGGGUUGUUAGACAACCAAAUAUCCGAGGAAAAUGCUACAAAUGUAUUGUAAAUACCCGCUCUGUAAGGUGCUCUGCAGCUAGCAGCCACUUCGAGGUGGCAGAGGCGACAGAGGUAUAGCCUGAAUUGUGAAUCUAUUUGGUGUAGGCGUAACUGUUGACAGGGGGUAUCGGGAUGGAGGAGUGGGAGGUAGAGGAGGGAGAGAUGGGGAGCGACGAGGAAGAGGAGGUGGAGGAAGGAUCCGAGGAUCGAGGGGAGAAAGAGGAGGGAGGAGAGGAGGGCUCAGAGGAACGAGGAGCGGAAGAGGGAGGGGGAGGCGCAGAUAAGAGACAUGGCGACGCGACGGGUGCGCGUAGGUUACGGUUAGAGGCGAAUUGCGGUGCUGCUGAAGGGAGAAGCGAUAACAGCGAGAGUGACAGCGAGGAGGGGGAUGAGGAGAGAAGCGGGAACGAGAGUGAGGGAGAUGCGAUGGAAGCGGAGAAAGGAGAGGGGUCGGGGGAGAAAGGGCGGAAGCGGCGGAAAGGGGAAGGGCUUGGAGUGGACGGGCAGGGAAAGGGCGAAAAGCGAAAGCAGGCGAAAUUAACGAAAGGAAAGAAGCGGCAUAAGACGGGCGUGUGUUACCUUUCGCGAAUACCGCCUCGCAUGAAGCCUCUGAAGCUGCGUCACCUGCUGUCGCCGCACGCGGAAAUCCUCCGGAUCUACCUCGCGCCCGAAGAUCCGGCAGCCCGUCAGCGGCGGCGGGCAGCAGGGGGCAGCCGAAACAAGAACUUUACAGAGGGGUGGGUGGAGUUUGAGCGAAAGAGAGACGCCAAGCGGGUGGCGGCACUGCUCAACGGCCAGCCCAUGGGUGGCAAGAACCGCUCGCACCACCGCUUUGACCUGUGGACCAUCAAGUACCUCAAGCGGUUCAAGUGGGACAACCUCAGUGAAGAGAUAGCCUACCGGCGGGCGGUGCGCGAUCAGAAGCUGGAAGCGGAGAUGCGGGUGGCGGCGAAGGAGAGAGACGCGUAUGUGACGCGCGUGCAGCAGAGCAAGGUGCUGCAGAGGCGCCAGGCGAAGGCGGCUAAGAAGGCGAAGGCGCCAGCAGCAGCAGGGGCGGCUGAAGGAGGAGAGAAGGCACCACGGCAGCAGGCGCUGCGGCACUACAUGCAGCGGGGGGCGAUAGGCGAGGGCCAGGAGGAGGAGGAGGGGCGACUCAUGUCCAGAGGCGUGCUUGGGAAGGUGCUUGGGUGACGUACCCUGUGGUCACACUGGAUGUGAUGUCAUGGCUGCUGCUGUUCCUACACCCCCUCAUCGUAGAGCCCUUUUUGAUGUAGUGUAGAGUAUGUUGAUUGUUCUAGCAAAGCAAGUGGAGUACUCUACGAUGUUAAGCACAGUUAUCUUCCAUUGUUCGCAAGAGUGUAGACUACCGAUGCAAUGCAAGGGAUUCUAGAGGAAAGAGCCGAGUAUGCAA